UUUUUAAAACGUCGUCGUCCUCCACUUUCCUUCUUCCUCUUGUUGACUUGACCGGCGCUGUAACUACUAACUGAUUCAUUUCACUGAAACCGGAAAUUGAAAAUUUUCCCUGCAAAUUUUCUGAAUCGGCGCAAAAAAACACGAAGCGCUUCAGUCACAGUCAAUUCCUGCAAGGACAGAAUGAGAGUAGCAGCAAGUCAUCUAAUCCCAAUCCUCUUCCUCUUUCCCGCCUUUUUUCCAUCCCUCUCCGAAACCACCACCGAUGAUUCCUCCUCCUCCGUCGUAUCCCAACUCCACCAAUUCAAGCUCAAAAUCGCUCAUUUAGAAUCGGUUCUUGCGGAAAGCGUUCGGAAUCUGAAUGAGAGAAUCGAUCAAAUCGAACAGCGCGAGAAGCGGAUUGACUACAUGUCGCAGAAGAUCCACCAUUUGCAAUCUCUGUUAUCCACUCUCAAGGAACACUCAUUGCAUGGUGAUCAAAGACUUAAUGCUCUAGAAGAAGAGGUACGGCGUCUCUGGGCCGCUUCAAGGAAGAACAAUUUCGAUAUUCAUGUUUUGGAGUCCAAAGCACAAGAUGCUGAGGAGAGGCUUGAAAUGGUUACCUCUAAGGCUAAGAAGAUGAAUGACAUGGUUACCGAGCAAUGGAUUCAACUUCAGAGACUGCAGCAGGCUCUUCAUAUUCAACAAUCGAGGACUUUGAGGGUUCAAAGGCAAGUAAGUUAUACAAGAUGCACAUUCUUGAAGUUCUUCAACAACCUUCUUGAUGACCAUUUGCUGAAGCUGCUUGGGUCUAACGUGAGAUCCUUUUUCUCACGAACUCUGCAUCAAUUGGAAAGAGUCUUUAUAGCAUUUAAGAGGUCUCACCAUAAGUUGCAGCAUUCCAUCAAAGAGGCAUUGGAGAAGAAUGAAUUUACUGCAGCUCUUGCUAAUGAGGAAUUGGUUUUCUAUGUGGCUACUGCCCUCAUCAUCUUGCCAAUAAUGAUGGCCUGGAUGUUUCUCUCCUCAAAAUUCCAAGCUAGUUGCUCUAUUGACGUGACCUAUAUGCACUCGCAGACCUAUACAAGUCCUGAGGGUGAAUGAACACGAAUUCUCCACACUUGAUAAUUGCUAACAGAUAUCUUGGUUCAAGUUAUGAGAUCAAUUUUCUCGGAAAAAAAAAAUGUUAUGAGAUCAGUGACCUUAGCUUUACAAUUAUGAUUAUAUGUCAGAUUCUCGUUGUAUGUUUCAAAACAUACCUUAUGCAUAUCUUGUUAUACUUCUGAAAUCCAGAUUGAUACAUUAGUGUGCUCAAUCAGUGAGACAUUUACAA